GUUUACUUCAUCUUUGCAUCUUGCAAAAUGUAGUUCAUAAACGCAUGGUGAGACAUUAUCUCACCUCACCACCACCUUUUCAAUACAGCUCUACAUCUCAGACAUCUAAAGCCGAUGCCACGCCAUGUCGUCCGCCAACAACAACAAGUCACCUUCGGGCUUCAAGAGCUACGUACGCAUUUUUAGCUAUGCAGAUCGGUCCAGCUGGAUACUAUACUCGGCUUCUUGCGCUACUGCUAUUGCGUCUGGUGCCGCCCUGCCUUUGAUGGAUUUCGUCUUUGGCAAGUUUGUCACGACAUUUAACAACUUUGCCAUUGGGCUCGUCACCAAGGACGAGUACAUGAACCAAGUCUCUGAAUAUUCCUUAUAUUUCAUCUACCUCUUCAUUGCCAAAUUCUUCCUCGUCUACAUCCAUUCCGUUUGCGCCUCGGUGGCCGCGAUCCGAACGACGAAGGCCCUUCGCCUCGACUUUUUGCGCAGCCUUCUUCGUCAGGACAUGAGCUUUUUCGAUUCCAAAGAAAAGAAGUCACCUGCCGUCAAAGUAACGGUUAAUGGAAACCUCGUCACUAAUGGAAUCUCUGAGAAGCUCUCUGUGUUUGUUCAGAGCUGCGCCACCUUUGUUGCUGCCUUUGUUGUUGCCUUUGCUGUGCAGUGGAAGCUGACGCUCAUCACGCUCUGCGUCGUGCCCGCCAUCGUGCUAGUUACCGGUAUCUGCAUGACCAUUGAGGUCAAAAAUGAAGACAAACUUACCGUCAUCUUCUCACGAUCUAGUACGCUGGCUGAGGAGGUCUUUUCUAGCAUUUCCACUGUCCAUGCAUUCUGGUUGCAGCCCGUCAUGGCCAAGCGAUACGAAGCCUGCUUGGCUGACCUGCAACGUGUCGGCAUGAAGAAGUCUCCCAAUUAUGGUGUUUUAUUUUCAGUAGAGUUCUUUUGCAUAUAUGCUGGCUACGGCUUGGCGUUUUGGCAGGGCAUUCAGAUGUAUGCCCGCGGUGAAAUUCAAGCAUCAGGUGACGUUGUAACCGUCAUCUUUGCCGUGGUUGUCGCCGCCACGGCCUUAACGCACAUUGCUCCCCAGAUCAUCACCAUCACCAAAGCUGCCGCCGCGGCAGACGAGCUAUUCAACACUAUCGACCAGGAGUCCAUCAUUGAUCCCCUCUCUUCAAAUGGCAUCAUCCCCGAAAAAUGCGUUGGUAACAUUGAAAUUCAGGAUGUCGAGUUUGCCUAUCCCUCGCGUCCCGAUACAAAGGUCCUCUGCGGCCUGACACUCAAAGUCCCUGCAGGCAAAACCACGGCCAUUGUCGGUGCUAGCGGUUCUGGAAAAAGUACCAUUAUCGGUCUCACUGAGCGUUGGUAUGAUCAGUCGAGCGGCAUCAUCUCGCUAGACGGCGUUGACACCCGCACCCUCAACUUGUCGUGGCUACGCACCCAGGUUCGUCUAGUGCAGCAGGAGCCUGUGCUCUUCAGCGGGACAAUCUUCGACAAUGUUGCGUUCGGCUUAAUUGGAACAGAACAUGAGCAUGCUAGCUACGAAGAAAAGCUUACCUUGGUCAAGCAAGCGUGCCAAGACGCGUACGCCCACGACUUUAUCGAGCUGCUACCCAAGCAAUACGAUACUCGCAUCGGCGAGCGUGCGCGGAUGCUUUCGGGCGGUCAAAAACAGCGAAUAGCUAUUGCUCGCAGCGUUAUCUCGAAGCCAACAGUCCUGCUGCUUGACGAAGCCACCAGCGCGCUCGACCCAAAGGCAGAGACUAUUGUGCAAAAGGCCCUCAACAACAUCACGGCGGGCAGAACUACAAUCAACAUUGCCCACAAGCUAUCCACGGUGCAAAAGGCCGACAAUAUUGCCGUAAUGUCAGCAGGCCGCAUUAUAGAGCAAGGAACACAUCAAGAGCUGCUCGCUAAGAAUGGACACUACGCACGGCUAGUGCGCGCCCAAGACCUGACUAGGUCCAGUGAAAAACGCGUUCAAGAACAUAAUGGCGACGACGACGAGAAGCGGCCAUCCGCAUUCGGAGAAGAAGAUGUACUAGAAGAUGUACCGUUGGGGCAAGCUCGCAGCGGAGUUGCUGGGUCCUUUACUAUGAAUCGACGAGCUGAAGACGCCCACGCAAGGGAAACGCUCGGAUACAGCUUUACAAAGUGCGUAUGGCUGCUUAUAAAGGAGCAGCGGCAGCUAUGGGGAUUGUACGCCAUUAUCGCAGUCGUAUGUACGCUUGGGGGUGGCACGUUCCCUGUACAAGCCAUUAUCUUGUCCAAGACGAUUCAAGUGUUCCAAGUUCGUGGCCCAGAUGCUGCCUCACAAGGAAACUUCUGGGCUCUCAUGUUUUUCGUCGUGGCACUUGCAAAUUUGGUAUUGUAUUUCAUUUUGGGUUGGACAAUCAACCUCAUCAUUCAAAAAGUCACUCGUCGAUAUCGCCGGGAGCUGUUCCGCAACACCAUGAAGCAGGAGAUUGCCUUUUUUGACUUCGAGCACAAUGCCACGGGUGCCAUAUGUUCGCGCCUACUGACCAACGCGUCCAACCUCAACGAGCUGUUGGGUAUGAACUUUGGCUUAAUCGCCAUCAACGUCGUCACCAUAAUCUCUGUAUCUAUACUAGGUAUAGUCUAUGGCUGGAAACUGGGCUUAGUCUGCGUCUUUGCUGCGCUUCCUCCUCUGCUUCUCAGCGGCUACUUUCGCAUCCGCCUCGAGUAUCGGCUCGAGGAAGACACUUCUGUUCGCUUUGCCAACAGCGCUGCCAUUGCCGCCGAGGCUAUCUCCGCUAUCCGCACCGUGGCUUCGUUUACCUUGGAAAAAGAGAUGCUGAGGAUCUACCGCGACAAGCUCAACGUGGUCGCCGAGCAGUCGACCAAGGCGCUUACCUUUACAAUGCUAUGGUACGCCUUGACACAAUCCAUCAACUUCCUUGCCAUGGCGCUUGGCUUUUGGUAUGGCGGCAAGCUUGUUUCCACGCACGAAUACACCAACGAGCAGUUUUUUGUAGUCUUUAUCGCCGUCAUCCUGGGUGGUGAGAACGUUGCCGCCUUGUUCCAGCACACAACGAGCAUCACGAGGGGCACGGCAUCAGCCAACUACAUCUUCUGGCUUCGACAGCGCGUUCCCAGCAUCGACAACAGCUUUACUGACGAUCCAACAGAGUCAGAUGCAGCUUCUAUCGAUGUUGCUGGUCCGAUAAAUAUACAGUGUCAGUCCUUGGGCUUUGCGUAUCCGUCUCGCCCACGCGCUAGCGUAAUAGCAGACAUCAACGUAGAGAUACCUGCGGGAAAGUUUGUCGCAUUUGUUGGUGCUUCUGGCUGCGGCAAGUCCACCAUGAUUAACCUUCUUUCGCGCUUCUACGACCCAACCGUGGGCCAAAUCAAUGUCAACGGUCAAUCCAUCCACGGCAGAAACACAAGCCCCCAGCAGCACCGCCGUCACCUAUCUCUUGUCCAACAAGAGCCGGUGCUGUACCAAGGAAGUGUACGAGAAAACGUUGCCAUGGGUCUGACGGAAUCGCGCACGCCUACGGAGGCGCAGAUCGAACAGGCUUGCAGAGACGCCAACAUUUACGACUUUGUGUCGUCACUGCCUGAAGGCUUCAACACCGACGUAGGUGCGCGCGGCUCUCGUUUGUCGGGUGGCCAGCGUCAACGCAUCGCCAUUGCCCGCGCUUUGAUUCGAGAUCCCAAGGUCUUGCUCCUCGACGAAGCGACGAGCGCCUUGGAUACCGAAAGUGAGAAGAUGGUGCAGGCUGCCCUGAGCGAGGCCGCCAGAGACGGCAAGCGAAGUACCAUUGCAGUUGCGCAUAGGCUGAGCACGAUUAAAGAUGCAGAUUGCAUAUGUGUCUUUGCCGGUGGUAAGAUUGUCGAGAUGGGCACGCAUGCAGAAUUGCUGGCGAAAAGGGGAAGCUAUUUUGAGAUGUGCAAGGGGCAAGCUCUCGACCAGGCAUUAGAUUAAGGAGUAUCUUUUAUUCAGGUACAAAACGAGUAUUAAUAAUGCGGUUACAUUAGUGAUAGUAUUUCUGUAACUUAUUUAUUCUGCGAGUUAUAGAAUGCAAGUUUGUUGUCCCCAGCGUGUUCAAGAACCGAGAGAAGCCGCAUGAUCUUUUAGUGUAAACAAACCACUUACAGA